UUGAAUGUAGUUGUUCUCAGAGUCAUAUCCUUGUUGGAGCACCUUUGUCAUUCUGGUCUGGUGUGUGUCACUCGUACUCAUGAGGUUUCAUAAUUAAUGACCUCCUCAUGAGCUUGGCUAUAUAUACCACACCUAUUUUUCUCUUUAAACACCACCAACUCUCUCUCUUAGCCCCAACCCAACCCAGCCCAAAGAUUACUUACAUACACUCUCCUCUUCCAUGGCCAAGAAGAUGAUGUUGAAGGUUGUAAUUCUCGUUUCUCUUCUCAUUCUCCAACUCGCUGAUUCUCAAGAAACGGUGACUACACCUCCUGUUGAAAGCCCUCAUCCUCCUCCCAAAAUAGAGUGUGAUGGAGAAUGUAAUCGAAGGUGCGAAUUAUCGUCAAGGCCGAAUUUGUGCAAGAGGGCAUGCGGGACGUGCUGCGAGAGAUGCAAUUGCGUUCCACCAGGUACUUCUGGUCACUAUGAAACCUGCCCUUGUUACGCCAAUAUGACCACCCACAGGGGCCUACGCAAAUGCCCUUAAUUAAAUCUUAAGACACCCACAGGGGGCAGCAAGCAACACACAUUUCUUGUUCUUGAUGUAUGUUUAUGUUUUGGAUCAUGGUGAUUUAUAAAAUAAUAUAAGCCUAAUUCUAGUGGAUCAACAAGAAGUAUAUUUUAUUUUAUUUUAGUAAAUUUAUUUAUCUGAGUUAUGAAAAGUCCAGUAACAGUGUUGGGCUUUAUUAAUGCAAGGCCUACGGGCCCAUUCCUAGGAUACCGAGUUGGGCUGUGUGUUUCAAGAAGAGAUUGUAAGGCCCAAAAUCCGGUUUAGUACAUAUUUGUAUUUGCAUUGGAAGGGCAAGAGAUCCAACAUAUUUACCAGUGCAGCAAGUCUCUCUAUAUUUUCGUGUUAAUGCGCACACGACAUGUAAGGCAUGACUGAAAACUCAGUUAGUUCUGUCAACCAUGAAAAUUGAAAUGACACCGUUUCACUCUUUGGCGCAUGGACUCCCGGGGGCUUAAUUGUCUUUUUCAUAGUACUGAAGUCAUCCGGCCUGUUUUGGUAAUUUCACUGGAAAUAACAACGAGUCAGUCACGCAACAAACGUGAGUCUCUUCUCUCGCUGCCACUCGAACUUCCAGAGAAUCAAAUUGUUCUAGGAAGGAAGGAAGGAAUUAGGAUCCCUCCCAAUUAAUCGCCGAGUUCCUACUCCUCGCUCCCUCCCUCCGUUCCCUUCCUCGUGACUCGAAAAGUAACUUUUGUCUACAAGAGAAGAGAACUUCUUGCACUUGCACGUCGCAGAUUUUAGUGCCACCCAGUCAGAGACUCAGAGAGAGACACAAA